AUGAAGGCCCCAUACGGACGUGAAGCUGCGGCUCACGACCGCACGAUCCCUGAACUGAUCGAAGAACACUUCCAUGCAAGACCCCAUGCAGAGGCCGUCUGCUCAUCGGAUGGCGAGUCUAUGUCCUACCGCGCCCUUGACGCUGCCUCGCAAGUGCUGGCAGACCACUUGACUCAUGAGCUUGACAUCGGCCCUGAAGUCAUCGUACCCUUGUGUUUCGAGAAGUCAAUAUGGACAGUCGUCGCCAUUGUCGCUGUCCUCAGAGCGGGAGCAGCCUUCGUACUGCUCGACCCUGCCCACCCUACGGAACGUCUCGACACCAUCAUCCGCAAAUGCAAAGCCCGCGUCGCCAUCACCUCUCCGGCUUCGCAGAAACGCUUAGCCCAGCUCCUCCCGCGGGCGCUCUGUCUCGACAAGCGUGCUCUCCGGCAACUGGAAGAUGCUGCCGCCAAUUCACCCUCGUCAUCUUCCCCAUCCUCCCCCUGCUCCUCCACCUCCACCAAUUCUUCUUCAUCCCGACACCAUGCACCACCACCCCCACAACCCCACAACGCCGCCUACAUCGUCUACACCUCGGGCUCCACCGGCACGCCCAAGGGCGCGCUAAUCGAGCACGGCUCCUUCGUCGCCGGCGCGCUCGGCCACGCCACCGCCAUGCACAUGACUUCAUCCACGCGCGCCGUGCAGUUCGCGUCGUACAACUUCGACGCGUCCAUCACGGAGAUGCUGACGACGCUGGUCGUCGGCGGAACCGUGUGCGUCGUGUCCGAAGAUGCGCGGCUGGAUCCAAUCGCCUUCGCGGAUGCGGUCAAGACCAUGCGGGCGGAUUGGGCGAUCCUGACGUCCUCGUUUAUCGGGGCGUUGGAGCUCGUGGAGGGUGGGGGGCUGGAGGGGCUGAAGACGCUGGUGCAGGGGGGAGAGGCCAUGUCGGCCGGUGUGCUGGAGAGGUGGGUCGAGAAGGGGGUGGUGUUGAUGAAUGCGUACGGUCAGGUGGAAGCAUCCGUCGUCGCAACAUGCACGCCCCCCAUCUCGCCGCAGUCCAACGGCAAGAGCAUCGGCCUCGCCGUCGCCGGCCGCUGCUGGGUCGUCGACCCGGAGAACCCCAACGUGCGGACCGCGCCCGGCGAGGUCGGCGAGCUACUCGUCGAGGGCCCGCACGUCGGCCGCGGCUACCUCGACGAGCCGGAGAAGACGGCUGCCGUCUUCAUCGGCCGCCCUACAUGGCACACUCGCCUCUUCCCCACCGAGACGGACCUGCGCGCGCUGCGGUUCUACCGCACGGGUGACCUCGUCGAGCAGCAGUCAGACGGCAGCUUCACGUACGUCAGCCGCAAGGACGACAUGGUCAAGCUGAACGGCCAGCGCGUCGAGUGCGGCGAGAUCGAGGUCCAGUUCCGCCGCGCCAUGCAGCCGCCUCGCGAUAUCAUCGUUGAGUUGGUCAAGAGAAAGGGUGUCGACGACCAGGUCAACCAGCAGCGGCUGGAUGCGGAGAUGCAGGUUGCGGAAAAGCAGGUCCGCGACGUGCUGCCCAAGUUCAUGAUGCCAUCAGCGUUCAUCGCGGUGCCGCGUAUCCCCAUUUCUAUGAAUGGGAAGGUGGACCGGAAGGGCCUGCGUGCCCUGGGUGAGGCGAAGCUGUCGCGGAAGCAGAGUCCUGCUGCUGUGCCGGCCGAGUCGAAGCUCAGCCGUGCGGAGAACGAGCUGCGCCGGGUGUGGAGUCGCGUGUUGAAUGUGCCUGAAGAGGAGAUCAAUCGCACUAGCGCCUUCCAGAGCCUCGGCGGCGAUUCGAUUUCGGCCAUGCAGGUCGUGUCGCAGGCGGCGGCUGUCGGCCUGCCCAUCACUGUGCAGCGCAUUCUUCAGAAGAAGACUAUUGCGGAAAUCACCUCUGGAAUGGUCGAUGAGCUCAUUCCGAAGACCGAAUCGUUGCCUUCCACCGACGACGAGGGGGAUGAGGGGGAACCUUUCAAGCUCUCUCCGAUCCAGCAGUUGUUCUUCCACCUCUCGCCCAAGGGGGACAACCAGGACAACAUCAGCUUCCUGCUCCGCCUGAACAGAAAUGUCACGCGGAAUGCCAUCGAUAAUGCGCUCGAGGCAGUCGUUUCGCACAACCCGAUGUUGAGAGCUCGGUUCUUCGAGAUGAAGCGUGGAUGCUGGUUCCAGUACAUCUCUGACGAGGUGCUGGAGUCUUAUCAACUCUGCUCUCAUAUCGUCAACAGCACCUCUGAAUCAGAGCUGAUGCCCAUCAUCAAGGACGCGCAACGAGAUCUCGAUAUUAAGUACGGUCCCCUUAUCCGCGCCGACCUCAUGACCACCAGAGGUGGAAAGGAGCAGCUUUUGUUUCUGGAGGAGCACAUCACAAGAGGUGGAAUCAUUGCUCCUACUAAUGGAUGCUCGUUCCAGAAAUGGUGCAAGCUCCAAGAAAGAUACAUUCGGAGUCUUCCGCCACAGCAGCUACCUUUCGAGCUUCCUGAACCUGACUACGGCUUCUGGGGCAUGAACAAGCUGCCAAACUCCUACGGAGACGCAGUCACUGAGGUGCUGGUGUUGGAUGAGAAGCUAUCAUCCAUGAUCCUUGGUGCUGCAAGCCAGUCUUCUCUCGAGGUUGAGGCAGUGGACGUAUUGCUUGCUUCUACAAUGUCUGCCUUCCACGCCGUUUUCCCCGAAAGACCAGUCCCAGCCUUCUUCGUCGAAGGCCACGGCAGAGAACCAUCCUGGGAUGAGACCAUAGACCUCUCCUCCACGGUGGGCUGGUUCACCACGAUCCUGCCCAUGGCCCUCCGCGCCCAGUUCCCCGACAAAGGUCUCGCGCACUUCGCCUCGCACUACUACAAAAGCCGCCAGCAAAAGCAGCACUACGGCGCCGCCAGCCUACAUUAUCCGCCCAUGGAAAUCACGUUCAACUACGCAGGCAAAUACCAGCAGCUGGAGCGCGCCGAGAGCCUCUUCACCGAGGUCCCCAACCAGACGCUCAUGCACCUCGACGGCUUCGGCACCGCGCUGCCGCGCUUCGGCCUCGUCGAGAUCCUCGGCAACGUCGUCGACGGCGGCCGCCGGCUCAAGCUGUCCUUCACCAUGAACGCGCGUAUGCGGCACCGCGAACGCAUCGGGCAGUGGAUGCGCGAGUGCGAGAGCGUUCUCGCCGCCGUGGCGCCACAGUUGGGUGCCCUGCCGACGCAACAGCAGCAGGAGGAUCGCUUUCCGCUGCUGAGGGCACAGCCGGCGGAAACGGCGCGGCUGACGCGGGAGGUGUUGCCGGGCAUGGGUGUGGAGGCGGAGGAGGUGGAAGACGCGUAUCCCUGCUCGCCGAUGCAGAACGGCAUGUUGUUGAGCCGGGCUGGCGACAGGGGCAGCUACACUUCGCAGCUCUUCCUCGAGGUCCAAUCGGCCAACGGCAAUAUCGACGUUCCUCGUCUCGAGCGCGCGUGGCAGGCUGUCAUCGACCGGCACGCGGCGCUGCGGACCGUGUUCGUCGAGAGCGUGCGCGGCGACGGCAGCUUCGACCAAGUCGUGCUCCGCCAAGCGAAAGCGGCAAUCGCUCACGUCUACGACGUCGAAGCGCAUCCCGUCGAGCCGUGGGCUGCCAGCCAGCCAGAGCACCGCCUCCUCGUAGCCAGGCCCGGAAAAAAUCCUUCCACCACGCUCCAGUUGCGCCUCGACAUCAGCCACGUCUGCAUCGACGGCAGCAGCACGAGCAUCCUGACGCGCGACCUGCAACACGCCUACACCCCCACUGGCUCCCUCCUCCCCUCGCGCCUCUCCUACCGCAGCUACAUCGAGCACAUCACCUCCCCACCCCCCUCCUCGCACACACAGUCCCUGCAGUACUGGACCCAGCACCUCGCCGGCGCCCAACCCUGCCACCUGCCCCCCUGGAGCGACAACAACUCCGCCAACCCUACCCUCUCCUUCGCCCCCGUCACGCCCCCCAUCAACGCCGCCACCACAACAUCCUUCUGCCGCCUGCAUGGGCUCACGCUUUCCGACCUCCUCAAAACCGCCUGGGCCCUCGUCCUGCGCGCCUACACCAACACCUCCUCUGACCCCGUCUUCGGGUACCUCAGCAGCGGCCGCGGCGCCGUCGAUGCCGCCGAGGAUGCGCUCGGCGUGUUUACGAACAUCCAGGCCUGCCGCGCGCGGCUGCCGCCGACGGCGACGGUGCUGGAGUGUUUGAGGAAGGUGCAGGAUGAUGGCAUCGAGCAGAUGCCGUAUCGGGAGUGUCCGUUGGCGGAUGUGGUGCAUGCGAUGGGUGGUGCGGGUGAGGGGGGCGAGGUGUUGUUCGGGACGGCGAUGUCGUUGCAGAGGGUGGUGGGGGGAGAGAAGAGGGGAGAGGGGGUCGAGGUGAGGGUUGUGAGGGAGAUGGAUCCGACGGAGUACGCCGCCACGUUCCUCGGCUAUGUUUCUGACACUGGAAUCGACCUCGUCAUUGAGUACUGGACUUCGAAAAUCUCGAAGCUUCAGGCAGAGAACCUUGCUGCCACCGUGUCAAAGGUGGUAGAGAGCAUCGUCAAGAACCCGUACUCUGCAGUCGGUGAUCUCGAGGUGAUUAGCGAUAGAGACCUGACCAGCAUGAAAGAGUGGAACGCAAAGCUGGCAUCCAGUGCUCCCGUCAACAGUUGCAUUCACCACCUUAUUCAGCAGUUCAGCAAGCAGCAGCCAGAUCGCCCUGCUGUGUAUGGAUGGGACGGCAAGCUAUCCUACAGUGAACUUGACCAGCUCAGUUCACAGCUGGCAGGCCAUUUGCACAAUCUGGGAGUUGGUCCCGAGUGCAUUGUUCCAGUGUGCAUGGAGAAGUCCACCUGGACUGUCGUCGCCAUGCUCUCGAUCCUGAAGGCUGGCGGUGCUUUCGUCCCCUUCGAUCCAGAGGCGCCACUUGACCGACUCCUCGGGCUACUAAAAGAUACCUCAGCAAACAUCGUCGUGGCAUCACCAAAGACGGCAGCCCGACUCCAGGAGCACGUACAGCAAGUCAUAGUCUCGCCCUCUUUCAUCAAGAACCUCCCAGUCCGCAAAUUCCACGAGACCGUCACGCCCAACAACCUCGCCUACGUGCUCUUCACCUCCGGGACAACCGGCGUCCCCAAAGGCAUCAUGAUGCAGCACUCGCAAUUCCUCGCCAGCUCGACGCGCUACAGCCCGCUCAUCAACCUGACCCCAUCAUCCCGCGUGCUCCAAUUCUCAGCCUACACCUUCGACGCCAGUAUCUUCGAGCUGUGGAGCACGCUGACGACGGGCGGCUGCGUGUGCCAGAUAUCCGACGCCCAGCGCAUGAACGACGUCGCGCGCGCCAUCAACGCCCUCCGUCCGGACACCAUGUUCAUGACGCCGACCAUGCUCGACAUCCUCGCGCCGGCGUCGUCCAUCCCGACCAUCCGAACCGUCAUUACCGGCGGCGAGGUCAUCAAGCAGGGAAUCUUCCGCGCCUGGGCCCCGCCCCAAGGCGUUGAGCAUCUCGUCGAGGCGUACGGUCCGACCGAGACGGCUGUCUACGCUACCUUCCAGACGGCUGUGCAGCCGUCGUCGGAUCGCUUUUCGAUCGGGAGGAGCUUCUGCUGCCGCGCGUGGGUCGUUGAUCCUGAGACGGCGUCCUCGUCGCGCCCGCGCCUCGUGCCGGUCGGCGCGGCGGGAGAGCUCUGGCUUGAGGGACCGAGUCUCGCACGAGGCUACCUGAACGCUGAUGCCAAAACGGCCGCUGCGUUCGUCGAGAAACCGGACUUCCUUGCUGCCACGCCGUCCGCAGAGCUGCGCCGCUUCUACCGCACCGGUGACCUGGUCCGGUUCAAAGCGGACGGCGAGCUGCAGUUCGUCGGGCGCAACGACUCGCAGGUCAAGGUGCGCGGGCAGCGCGUCGAGUUGUCCGAGAUCGAGCAACAAGCUGCACUCGUGCUGCCGACCACCGUACCCCUGGCGGUCGAGGUGGUCGAUUCGAAGCUCGUCCUGAUGGUCGAAAUUGUCGGUGCUACAGAUAAUCACGUUGCGGAGACGGUGGCAAUGCUCGAGACGAAGCUGCCGAGCCGCCUGCCGCGCUACAUGGUGCCGUCGACGAUCGUGGCCGUCACCGACGAGCCGUUCCCACGCAUGUCGUCGGGGAAGCUGGAUCGGAAGAAGCUGCGCGCCAUGGCGGCUGAACUGGGGAGUAAGCAGCGUGCCGCGAGGAUGGCGGUGGGGGAGGGGCGCGCCCCUGAGUCGCUUGUCGAGAUGAAGUUGAAAGCCAUGCUUGCGGCCGUGCUGCCUAGCUUCGCUGCUGAAGAGGUGCGGAUGGAUGAUAACUUUUUCCAUCUCGGAGGCGACUCCUUCCUCGCAAUGAAGUUGGUGGCGGCGGCCAGGGCUGAGGGCAUGCGCUUGUCUGUUGCCUCGGUCCUGCGGAAUCCUAUUCUGAGGGACUUGGCCAAGACGAUGCAGGCUGAGACUCCUCUGGAGCUUGAUGAGGCCCCAACGUCCAAGCCGUUUGAUCUGAUCGGCGGUCUGGCGGCAUCGAUUCGAGCUGAGGCUGUUGCGGCCUGCGAGCUGAAGAGCGAGGAUGAGAUCGAAGACAUCUAUCCUGCCACACCGCUGCAAGAGGCGUUUGUGGUUGAGUCGGCGAAGAACCCCACCGCUUACAUGGCAUAUCAUGCCGUUAAGCUCCCAAGCGACUUCGACUUCGACAAGUUCCGCGCCGCGUGGGAAGUGUGUGUUCAGGAAAACACGAUCCUCCGCACCGUCAUCUUUCAAACGGUGCAAACUAAACCGCCUCGACCAAUGCAGGUGGUGCUCCGCAAGAAGGCCGUGGAAUGGGAGCAGAGCCAUGACUUGAAGGCGUUCCUCGCCCAGAGCAGACAUACCUCCACCAUUUCCGCGAGCAGGGUGGCUAUCAUCAGCGACAGAGCCUCUCGCACCCGCUCCUUCGUCUGGCUCGCCCACCACACGCUGUACGACGGCUUCUCCGUCUCUCUCCUCCUCCAGCGCCUCCGCACCCUCUACCACAGCAGCGGCACGACCACGCCAACCCCAUCCCCCACCCCCGUCCCCUUCCGCAACUACAUCGACUACCUCACCACCGUCCAAUCCUCCCCCGCCACCACCGCCUUCUGGUCAACCUACCUCUCCAACGCCACCGCCACGCCCUUCCCACCUACAACUACCGCCUCCCCCGACACAGAAAGCCGUUUCACCAUCCGCCUCCCCCCUUCUUCCUCCUCCUCCCACACCACCCCCGUCACCCUCGCCACCACCCUCCGCACCGCCUGGGCCCUCCUCCUCGCCUCUUACACUUCCACCCACGACAUCCUCUUCGCCGCCAUCGUCUCGGGCCGCCAAGCGCCGCUGCCCGGCAUCGCCGACGCCCUCGCGGGUCCGACCAUCGCGGCUGUCCCUGUUCGCAUCGCAUUCGGUGCCGCGGCAGACGAGAAGCUGUCCGCCGUCCUCCUGCGCGUGCAGGACGACGCGGCGGCCAUGGCGCCGCAUGAGGCGCUGGGGCUGCGCGGGGUGCAGGGCGUGCUUGCGCGGAGUCGCGAUGUGGCAGCGAGGGCUGCGGUUGCGGGGGUGAGGAGUUUGUUUGUUGUGCAGCCGCCGAAGGCCGAUAAUGGGGCGGAUGAGUGGGUGGUUGAGUCCAAGGCCGUGGAGGUGGGGAGCUCGUACAGCUAUCCGGUGACGGUGGUGUGCGAGCCACAGGCGGAUGGCAGGGGGGUGGAGGUCGAGGUGGUGUAUGCGUCGGGGGCGAUGGGGAGGGCGGAGGUGGAGGGGAUGGUGGGGCGGUUUGAGGAGGUGGUGAGGAGGCUGGUGGUGGAUGAUGGGGAGGGGGUUGUGCGGGAUGUUCUCAAGGCGGUCGGUCGUCGCGGUUCUUCUUCUGGGUCUGCGGCUGCGGCUGCGGCUGGAGAGCUCGGUGCCGUCGACGAAGAUGUCCCGGCGAGAUCGGGAUCGGAAACUCACUCGUCGGAGAUGGAGCGGAGGCUCCAGGAGAUGUGGGCUGAGUCGCUCGGCUUGGACGAUCCGCAAGAAGUCGGCGUGCAGGACGACUUCCUCAGACUGGGAGGUGACUCCCUCACGGCAAUGCAGCUCUCGGGUGUCGCCAGGCGGGAGGGCUUCUCCUUGCGCGUGGUCGACAUCAUGAAGAUGCCUGUCCUCCGCGACAUGGCGCAAUGCAUGACGGCAUUGGGCGGCGCUGACAAGAAGAACGACACAGACGCCGCUCCGUUCUCACUGAUGCCGGAUGCAUCCUCAGAACACAUCCGCUAUGCCGCGGCUGACUGCAAGGUCAUGGUGGGCGAUGUGGAAGACAUGUAUCCCUGCACACCUUUGCAGGAAGGACUAAUGACCGCAUCAGGGAAGCAGGCUGGCUCUUACGUCGCGCAGAUCGUGCUUGAUCUGAAGCGUGGGACAGACAUAGAGCGGUUGAAGGCUGCGUGGGAGUCGGUCGUGACAACUCACCACAUCCUCCGCACUAGAAUCGUCCACCUUGGCGAGGCAGGCAUGUUCCAAGCUGUGCUGAAGGCAUCCAAGCCAGCGAUCAACUGGCGAACAGCAUCCAGCGUCGACGCCUACGUCAAGCGCAACCAAACCAUCCCAAUGUCCUUCGGAGACGAGCUUUCCCGCUACGCCCUCAUCACCAGCAACAACAGCACCACCACCUUCAUCUGGACCGCCCACCACGCCAUCUACGACGGCGCCACCGUAGCCAUGCUCUCCGACGCCGUCAGCGCCGCCUACCACUCCUCCAGCAAAUCACUCAGCGCACCCCCUCCUCCCUUCAGCCGCUUCAUCAAAUACCUCAACACCCUCUCCCCCGCCGCCUCUGACACCUUCUGGCGCACCACCCUCGCCGGCGCCACCACACCCACGCCCUUCCCGCUCCCCCUCCUCCUCGACUACACCCCCCGCGCCUCCCGCACCGUCUCCCGCGCCAUCUCCCUGCCACUGUCGCCGCGCAGCAGCAGCAGCAGCAACAUCACGACCGCCACCCUCCUGCAGACCGCCUGGGCUCUCGUCCUGUCCCGCUACGCAUCGUCCACAGACGUCACCCUCGGCAUCGCGCAGUCCGGCCGCCUCACGCCCGUCGCAGACGUCGCCGGCAUCCCCGGCCCGACGCUGACGACGGCGCCGCUGCGCAUCAACCUCAGUGGUGGCGACGACGAAGGAACCGUCUCAGCGCUGCUGAGCCGCGUCCAAGAUCAGAGCGCGGCGGCGAUACCGCACUGCCACCGCGGGUUGCAGGCCAUCCGGCGCCUCGGCGACGACGCGGCCGCGGCGUGCGAGUUCCGGACGCUGUUGACGCUGAAUCCGGAGAAGAGGAAGAAAAAGGUCGGUGAGAAGGAGGAGGAGUUAGUUUGCGACCUCGUCCACGACGGCCGCGUGCUCGACACGGGCACUUUCCAUACGUACCCGCUGCUGCUGGAGUGCGUGUUCGACAACGCCGACGACAACAAGGCGAAUGUGAAAGCCAGCGCGACGCAUGAUGAUAGGGUGCUGGGGGCACCGCUGGUCGAGCGCAUGGUUGCGCAGUUUGAGCACGUGUUGAGGCAGCUGUUGACAGCUGCGGAUGGCGGGCUUGACCUGGCUGUUGCGGACGUCGAGUUGCUGGCGGCGGAGGACCUGGACAGUCUCCGGCAGCGCGAUGCGUGGGUUGUCGAUGUUCGGAACCGCGAUGCGCUGGUGCCGAUUGGCGUUGUUGGCGAGCUUGUUGUUGAGAAGGCCGCGGCUGGACAUAGUGCCGUGCAGCCUGCGUGGUUGGAGAAGCUUGGCUUUGCUCGCUCGAAGCGGGUGUAUGCGACUGGGAAGCUCGCCCGGCUCGGAGAAGAUGGCGAGGUGGAGGUGAUUGGAGACAUGCAAGAGCUCGUUGAGCUGCAAGAUGGCCGUCGGUUCGUGGCCCGCGACGUGGAGAAGAUGGUGAGCCAGGUCAUGUGGGACCGGCAGGUUGCUGUGCAGGUCACGGAUGAAGGAUCUCUUACGGCGUUCGUGGCGCUCGAGCACGGAUACGUGGACGACGAUGUUGCGCAGAAGCUCCUCGAUGCGCUUGUUACCAGCGCCGGAGACAGGCUCAGCCGCGCUCUGCCAUCGUUCAUGCUUCCCAAGGCUUUCCUCCCAGUGCGCAGCCUGCCCCGGACUACGGCUGGCAACAUUGACCGUCUGCAAUUACGGGAGAUGGUGGCGACUAAAAAAGCAACUCCGGAUGCGAAGGAGAUCUCGGAACAAGAGGUGACCCGUGGACCGUCUGAAAUGGAGCAGCGUUUGCUUGCUCUCUGGAUGUCCGUCCUCGGACUUGACAAUAUCACCGUUUCCGACAGCUUCCUUCGCCUCGGUGGAGACUCCCUGGAUGCCAUGAAGCUCGUUGCAGCUGCCCGCCGGCAGGAUAUUGUCCUCACAGUCAAGGAUAUAUUCGAGAAUCCAGUGCUGGCGGACAUGGCGCAAUUGGCAACCAAGCCCGAACCGACCGCUGCAUCCUAUGAUGCUAUCGAGCCUUUCUCCAUGAUGAAUGGCAACACGAACGCCUUGGUCGAGGAGGUGGCUGCAGCCUGCCAGAUUGACGCUGACGCGAUUGAAGACAUUUACCCCUGCGCUCCUCUGCAGGAGGGCCUCAUGGCUCUGUCAAACGUUGAACGAGGAGCGUACGUUGCUGAAUGCGUCAUUCCGGUUCCUGAUACCGAGAGAGCUGUAGCUGCUUGGAAGGCUCUCGUGGCCAUCACACCUGUACUGCGCACAAGGAUCACUCAGUUGGACCGAUGGGGAUCCGUACAAGUUGUCGUCAAGGAACAAGCAGAAAUCGCAACCGGGAACAACUUGGACGACUACCUCAGGGAAGCUCGACAAAUCCCGAUGUCGUCCGGCAACCGCCUUGUUCGCGCUGGUGUCGUGAUUCAAGGAACAUCCCAGCACCUUGUUUUGUUCACCCACCAUUCUGUUUUUGAUGGUUGGAGUUGGAAACUAAUUUUACAGCAACUUUACUCCCUAUACCAGGAUCAAACCGUGCCGCAGUCACCACCGUACAACAAAUUCAUCCAGUACCUCCAUCAAGGACUGCAUCCACAGGAGGCGGAGGAUUACUGGCGUUCCUACUUGGAAGGUGCAGAACGCACUGCCUUCCCACCCGUGUCGUCUUCCAUCGUCCCACAGCCCGAUUCCCACGAAACAAGACGCAUCAUCCUCGGGCGCAGCGGUGAGAACACAUCAAGCUCCAUGAUUCAAACUGCCUGGGCGCUGCUCGUCAGCCGUUACACCGACUCGAAAGACGUGGUUAUCGGCGUAACCCUCUCCGGAAGAACGGCCCCGGUCGACGGUAUCCAAGAUAUGAUCGGCCCCACCUUCGCCACAAUUCCGUUACGUUUUAUUUUGGAUGGUACCAUGACAGUUACUGAACUGGCCAAGAAUGCACAAGACGUCAGCAUCAAUCCAGUGCAGCACCUUGGACUGCAGCGAAUCCGCCAAGUCAGCGCCAGCGCCCAUGCAGCCUGCACUUUCAACAGCCUGUUGGUCGUGCAGCCUGCUAGCGCCGAGGAUGAGGAUAGCUCAGACAAUUUCUUUAUGAGUGAGAACGACGCCCAGCUGGUCUCUAGUUUCACCAACUACGGUUUCGUUCUGCUCUGCCAAAUGCUGCCCGACGGCAACAUCGACGCCAGCCUCGUUUUUGACUCUCAAUUCACCAGCAACAGACAAGCUCACCGUCUACUCGGACAAUUUGAACAUGUGCUCCAGCAGAUCGGCAACGGAGCUGCCCAAACAGUUCACGACGUCAACUACCUCAGCCCCGAAGACACGAAGGAGGUCUCCGAGUUCAACCGUGAGCUGGACCCUGUGCCUUACGCCGACCUCUGCAUGCAUGAUCUCGUCAAACACUAUGCACGUAUCCGACCUAACGCACCAGCCGUCUCCUCCUGGGAUGGCGACCUGACCUACGCCGAGCUGGAUGUGCUAGCGACCCAACUUGCAGGCCACCUAACCACAUCCAUGGGCAUCGGUCCCGGAAACACUGUGCCGCUCUGCUUCGAAAAGUCCAAGUGGACGCAAGUGGCCAUGUUGGGUGUGAUGAAAGCCGGUGCAGCCUUCUUACUCCUCGAUCCCGCGCACCCGCUCGCCCGCCUCGAGUCCAUCUGCCGCAAAGUCCACGCCACCACCGUCAUCGUGUCCACCGGCCUCGACGCGCUCCUCACCCACACCGUCCGUCACUGCCUCGUCCUAGACGAGAUGACCACUCUCACCGACCCCUGCCCCCCAGUCACCAUCACCCCCUCCGACGCCGCGUACGUCGUCACCACGAGCGGCACCUCCGGCGCCGCCAAAGCCUGCGUCAUCACCCACGGCGCCAUCGUCGCCGGCGCCCUCUCCUUCGCCGCGCGCGCCCACGUCAACGCCCGCACGCGCGCCAUGCAGUUCGCGUCCUACAGCUUCGACGCCUCCAUCAUCGAAACGCUCAUGAUCUGGGCCGCCGGCGGCUGCACAUGCGUCCUGUCCGAAACGCAGCGCAAGGACGAUCCCGCCGCCGCCAUCGCCGCGCGCCGCGCCAACUGGGCGCUCAUGACGCCCUCGCUCGCCGGCGUCCUCGACCCCGCUGCCGUCCCGUCGAUGGAGACGGUCGUGCUGGGCGGCGAGGCGGCGACGGCGGAGCUGCUGGCUACGUGGGGGGAGAAGGUUACACUGCUACAGGCGUACGGGCCGUGCGAGUGCACGCCCGUGGCUUGCUGCUCCAUGGCGCCUAUGGAUGUUGAAUCGAACCCGCGCAACAUCGGCCGCCCGCUGUCCGGCGUCCGCGCGUGGGUCGUCGAUCCGGAGACGCACGACAGGCUGGCGCCGGUGGGCGCCGUCGGCGAGCUGGUCCUCGAGGGGCCGACCGUCGGUCGUGGCUACGUCGAUGAUGCCGACAAGACGGCUGCUGCUUUCAUCGCUGCUCCGAAGUGGAGAGAGAGGUUUGCUGGCCGGACCGAUCAGCGCUUCUACAAGACGGGCGAUCUGGUAAGGUAUGCUGAGGACGGAAACGGGACGCUGGAGUUUGUUGGGCGCAAGGAUGCUCAGAUCAAGGUGCGUGGGCAGAGGAUCGAGCUCGCGGAGAUUGAGCAGAAUCUGAGGCGCUGUGUGGGGACGGUGGAGAAGAAGUGCGAUGUUGCGGUUGAGCUGGUGACGCCGGAGGGGGGAAAUGCAGCGUCUGCUUACUUGGCUGCGUUUGUCGCCCUUGGGGACCAAGAGAUGGAAGAUCAGGACAAACUCACAGCUGUCUUCGCUGAUGCAAAGGCCAAGCUUGGGGAAGCCCUCCCAUCAUACAUGGUCCCUCGCGUCUUCUUGCCGCUCCCACAACUUCCCCUGAGCGCCGCUGGCAAGGUCGACCGCAAAGCCCUUCGGCAAAUGGCAGCAGCGAUGAACCAGAAUCGCGAACUCGAAGCUCAAGCAAUCACCGGGAACGCGCCAACGACGGGGAUGGAACAGAUCCUGCAGUCCCUCUGGGCCAGGGUUCUGGACGUCCAAGUCGACGCCGUGCACACCGACGCCAACUUCAUCGAGCUGGGCGGAGAUUCGCUGUCAGCCAUGAAGCUCGCGGCAAAGGCCCGCCAGGCCGGCCUGUCUCUCUCCGUCGCCGACAUCAUGAGACGGCCCCGGUUCGCGGAAAUGGCCGCCAAGUGCGAGCCCUCGGCUGAGAUGGAGCCAACGACCGAGUACAAGCCUUUCUCUGCGUUCCCUGAAGGCGCGGACGUCGAUGCGUUCCUGCGAGAAACGCUCGCGGUGAGCCGAAACGAGGUCGAAGACGUCAUUGAAGCGACGUCGGUGCAGAAGGCCAUGACCGAGGCCGCAAUGUCUCCCCACCAGGGCACCGUCAACCACGUCUGGCUCCACUUCGCCGGGCCCAUCGACAAGCAGCGCGUCAGGGACGCCUGCUCCCGCGUCGUCGCCCACCACGGGAUCCUGCGAACCGUCUUCGUGCCGUUCAAGCAGCAUCUGAUGCAAGUCGUCUUCCGCUCCCAUGAGCCAGAGUGGGAGGAGCACACCACCGCCAAAGACAAAGACAUGGAAGAAGCAACCGCAUCUAUCAUCUCAGCCAGCCGCCAGCGCCCAGAACAAUACGGCAAGCACGGCCUGCGCUUCUCCUUCCUCAUCCACCGCCAGCUCAACGCCAGCCGCUUGAUCAUCCGCAUCCCGCACAGCCUCUACGACGGCAUCACCCUUCCCCUCAUCCUCGACGACCUGCGCGCCGCUUACGAGCAACGCGACCUCGCUCCUGUGCCAUCUUUCCCCAGCCACCUCCACGCCUGGCGCCACCGCCAAUCCACCAGCGGCGCCGAGGCUUUCUGGCGCUCCGAGCUGAAGGGCUCCCGCAUGACGCCCAUUAUCGCUACUGAUGCACGCCGGGACUCACACACUGCUGUCGACAACGCAGCCACGGCAACGACAACGACAACAGCCGUCAACGGCCACAUCACGCAACACAUCGCCCUCGGCGGUCCCGCUCCGCAGCAGAAGGCCACGACCAGGACCAAACACAGCUUCGAAACCCUCUUCCACACCGCCUGGGCCCUCGUCCUGCGCAGCGUGUCCGGCAACAACAACAACAACAACGACGUCGUCUUCGCCCGCGCCAUCGCCAACCGCGCCCUGCCCCUGUCGUCAGCCGCGUCCGUCUGCGGGCCGACGCUGAACACGGUGCCGGUGCGGGUCAAACUGGCGAAGUACGUCAACACUACUGCUGGUGGCGACGAGGAUGUAGCAGCAUCAGCAGCAUCAGCAGACGCCCUCCUCUCCGCCGUCGAAGACGCCCGCCUCGCCGCGCUGCCGUACGAGUGUCUGGAGACGGAUCGGCUGGUGAGGCGGUGCACGGAUUGGUGUGGUGGCGAUGGAGAAGUGUUGCCCAGGUUCGGAUCGCUAUUGUUGUGGAAUAAUAUCGCGGCGGCGAAGACGUUUGAUGAGGGGUGUUUGCCUGGUUGGGGUGAAGGCGCGGAGAAGGAGGAAGCAACCACGACAAAGUGCGAGCUCGGCUGGGCCGUCGCGCCGUGGGAUGCGGCGGACGUGCAGGUCACGGCGACGCCGGUGCCAGGAAACAGCAGCAGCGGUGGUGGGAGUUCAGGAGUAGGGGGCAUCAGGAUCGAUGUCUUGUUCGCGGAGGAGCGCGUACCGAGAGAUGUGGUGGGGCGUAUGGUGGAGAUGCUGUGUAGGAAUGUGGAGGAAUUGUGGAGGGGUGGCGAGGGAGUGUUGAAGGCGUUGCUGCUGGGGGAGGAAGGUGCGGUGCAGGAUGGGGGGGUGUUGCUGGGGCAGGAGCAGGAGAAGGGAGGAGGAGGAGGGUAUGAUUCGUCAUCGCUGGGCGACAUGUCGCCGGAUCACGCGCCGACGCCGGAGUCGUAUGAGAUCGUCUCGAGUGAAGGGUGGGGGGAGAUUUAG